AUGCCAAGAGGUCGGAAAUCCAAAUUAUAUGGCAUCCAGUUUCGAUUGGAUUGCGAGUGGACCAAUUGUGAAAAAUAUUUUUCAGGUUUGAACGAAUUAAAACAACAUCAGUUGGAUCACUUCAAGGUGUUAAAGGAAGAGGCGGCUUACACCCCAUGUACUCCGCUAUGCGGCAUUUGUCAUGUUCCAUUGGAUUUGAACGACGAAGAUAAUGUGGAACGUCAUUCUCAUUACCAUGCCUGGAGUAUUCACCUACGGGUAAAAGGUCGUGAACUCCAAGAGUUGAAUAACUGGCCGCCCUGCUUGUCCGAUGCGAGCUCGAGAAAUAUGGUUCCGGAACUCCCAACGAAAUUCGAAUGUGGUUGGGAAUACUGUGACUACCGCACAAACGAUAUAUCAGAAUUUUUUUCUCAUGUCUCUCGACAUUCUGAAGAGUACACUGAUUCCCGAUACCCUGCCGGAGUGAAGCUCAGAUGUUUAUGGGAACACUGUUCUUACGUGGCUCCUCGAUUGAAAAACCUGACAUCUCAUCUGGUCACGCACACACAAUAUAAGCGUAUAGCUUGUCCAACAUGUGGUCUAUUAAUUGUUAGUUUCAUCAAGUUUGAAAAUCAUUUGAAGUGUCAACAAAUUCAACUGGUCAAUGGAAAUCCUGCAGUAGCCCUGGUUGGGACCAGAAUGCCCGAUGGCAUCCUUCUGUACAACCAGUACGAUGCUCACGAUGUCANGUCUUCUGAUUGCCCAUAUGCAACGUCAUGCUUGGACAGGCACAUGCUAUUCCGACACUCUGAUGAGAAACCCUUCGCUUGCGAUCAGUGUGCUUAUCGGUGCAAAACCAACAGCGCUCUGAAUCGACAUGUUCGAUUAGGGCAUAAAAAACGAGGGGGCUCGGAGUAUCCUCUUGAUCUUUCCUCUUCCGCAAAUCUGUUGGUCAAUCGGAUCGACACUGACCUCGAUGGGUCUCCUAAUCCACGUUCAACCAACCCUCCCGUGCUUGGUCCGCUGGCCGCAGCAGGCGCUUUAGGUCUGCUCAGACCCUCCAAGUCGACCGAUGUAGCCCCAUUGGCAGCACUCAACUCGAUCGACACACGGCCAUUUCCCGGAAACUCCAAUCGAUCCCAUUGGAUCCGAUGCACUUUUCCCGAUUGUAAAUUUAAGACUACCAAACAGGUCGGUUUUCAAGUCCACAUUGGCCGAAAGCAUACGGUUGUUGCAGAUCCACCGGGGCCAUCCAAUACAGACACUGUUUCACAGGACGCUUCGUCUCAAGCCACCCAACAGUCGAACGCUUGCUAUAUUUUCCGCCCGCCAUUAUAUGCCUGCCAUUUGUGCUCCGUAGUAAAACGUCGGGGUUUCGAUUUAUCCAAACACUUGAUGCGGGACCACAAACUGACUCGACCAUCCGGUCACGUACGUUUUACCUACGCGCUAGAAGAAGACGGUCUGUAUCGUCUCGAACGAACUCGACUGGAUACGGUUUCCGUGGCCGCUGCGUUGUUGGGCGAGCAUGUGGUCAACCGAUUAUUGUCUAAUGCAGGCAAUCAGAUGUGUACGACGAAAUAG